AUGGCGGCCCAAGCUGGCUAUUCGAUAAGCGUCAACGACCCUAGUUUGAUUUCUCUCGUGAAUAAAUUGCAAGAUGUCUUCACGACCGUUGGAGCACAAAACCCGAUAGAUCUACCACAGAUAGUCGUCGUUGGAUCGCAAUCCAGCGGAAAGAGUUCUGUCUUAGAGAACAUAGUGGGAAGAGACUUUUUACCACGAGGGUCUGGCAUUGUCACUCGACGACCGCUGGUCCUCCAGCUUAUCAACAAGCCCCGCUCCGAAAAACAAUCGAACGGUGUCAAGGAGGAAGACAAGCUAGAUACUACCGACAGCGAGGCAAACAUUGACGAAUAUGGAGAGUUUCUUCACAUUCCAGGCCAGAAGUUCCAUGACUUCAACAAGAUCAGAGAAGAAAUCGUCCGUGAGACAGAUGCGAAGACCGGCCGCAAUGCCGGAAUCUCCCCCGCGCCUAUCAACCUGCGAAUCUAUUCUCCCAACGUCCUCACUCUUACACUGGUCGAUCUACCCGGUUUGACCAAGGUGCCUGUCGGAGACCAGCCAAAAGACAUCGAGAAGCAGAUAAGAGAGAUGGUGCUGAAGCAAAUCAGCAAGUCGAAUGCGAUUAUUCUUGCCGUUACGGCUGCGAACCAGGAUCUGGCCAACUCCGAUGGUUUGAAACUUGCUCGAGAAGUUGAUCCAGAGGGACAGAGGACGAUCGGUGUUUUGACCAAGGUCGACCUUAUGGAUGCUGGAACUGAUGUGGUGGAUAUUCUUGCUGGCAGAGUUAUUCCACUUCGCCUUGGAUAUGUUCCGGUUGUCAACAGAGGACAGCGGGAUAUUGAGAAUAAGCGAACAAUCUCGUAUGCUCUUGAGCAUGAGAAGAACUUCUUUGAAAACCAUGCCACAUAUUCUUCUAAAUCUGCCUACUGCGGAACACCAUACCUUGCAAGAAAGCUCAAUGUGAUACUUAUGAUGCACAUUAAACAAACCCUUCCCGAUAUCAAAGCCCGCAUUGCAUCAUCGCUGCAGAAGUACACCGCCGAAUUGAACCAACUUGGUGACUCGAUGCUUGGAAACAGUGCCAAUAUCAUUCUUAACAUUAUCACAGAAUUCAGUAACGAGUACCGAACCAUCCUGGAUGGUAACAACCAGGAACUUUCAUCUGUCGAGCUUUCCGGUGGUGCGCGUGUUAGCUUCGUUUUCCACGAACUAUACUCCAACGGUGUCAAGGCCAUCGAUCCCUUCGAUAUGGUGAAAGACAUGGAUAUCAGAACAAUGCUAUAUAACUCGUCUGGUCCUUCACCUGCCUUGUUCGUCGGAACAGGUGCAUUCGAGUCUAUCGUUAAGCAACAAAUUAAGAGACUCGAAGAGCCUAGCUUGAAAUGUGUUUCUCUUGUCUAUGACGAACUUGUCAGAAUCCUUGCUCAGCUCCUGAACAAGCAGCCUUUCAGAAGGUAUCCACAGCUAAAGGAAAGAUUCCAUGGAGUCGUAAUAUCGUUUUUCAAGAAAGUCAUGGAGCCAACGAAUAAGCUUGUCAAGGACCUCGUUGCCAUGGAAGCUUGCUAUAUCAACACUGGCCAUCCUGAUUUUAUCACUGGACACAGGGCUAUGGCAAUCAUUAAUGAGCGACAAAAUGCAUCGAAGCCAACGCAGGUUGAUCCAAAGACUGGAAAACCCCUACCACCCUCGGCCACUAUGCCACAGCGAUCUGCUAGUCCCAGUCUCGACCUUGGUGAUUCCAGCCCAGGCUUCUUCGGCAGUUUCUUUUCGUCGAAGAACAGCAAGAAGAAGAUGGCUGCUAUGGAGGCCCCUCCACCAAUCUUGAAGGCUUCUGGAACCCUAUCAGAGCGAGAAAACACCGAGGUUGAGGUUAUAAAACUCCUAAUCAACUCGUACUACAACAUUGUCAAGCGAACCAUGAUUGACAUGGUGCCUAAAGCCAUCAUGCUCACCCUUGUCCAGUUCACCAAGGACGAAAUGCAAAGAGAGCUUCUAGGGAAUCUCUACAGGGCAGAAGAACCGGAUGACCUCCUCCGCGAAAGUGAAUUCACCGUCCGUCGCCGCAAGGAAUGCCAGAGAAUGGUAGAAAGUCUCACCAAGGCCAGCGAAAUUGUCGCCCAGGUCCAAUAG